CACUCGGAACGUCAAUUCUCCCGCCAUAGAGAGGAUGAAAAGUAGCCAGACUCCCCAGAAGGAACUCCCAAGGGCUGCAGAGUCUGCAAUUCGGCGACUGAAGGAGGCUCCAUCGAAAUCUCCCUCCGAUCAAGUGAAGAAGCCUCUAAAGAUCUCUAAGAAAUGCUUGGACUCUGCGUUUGCAGCUAUUCCGGAAGAUCGAUCUCCUCGAAAAUCGAUUUCUAGUUCGAACGAUUCCAAUUACGUAUUGGUGAACUCCUCUGUUGAUCAAAACAAACAACUCUCGGAGGUCCUUGAGCUUUCGAUGAAUCCAGAUUUCCCAGUCUCAUCUGUAACAUUUGAUCCGUUCGAAGUAUCUCCAUCGACUACGAUCGUUGAGGAGAACCAAGAAACCAGCAGUGGUAUGAUCGAGUAUAAUGGAUACGUAAUCGACUGCGACACUCCAAAGACCGGAAGUAUUGAUGUUGGAAUAGCAGUAAAUUUCAUCAGAGAAGCUCUGUUUCAGGCCACCAGUUCCCCUGUCGUCGAUCUCCGAUCAAAGAAAAUUCUGGAUUCCGUGGUUAAGAUCGUUAUCAAUGAUUUGUGUGGUUUUCCGGAAGAACGAGUCUGACCUCCUGAGGUAAUGUCGACAAAGCUUCGUAUUGGACUUCUAAAGUUCUUGCUGUGGCUUGUUCCUGUCUCGGUACUUGCCGUUGCUCUAUCAAAUUUGUUUGCCGGCAGCUCUUUCCCUGAUCCACCGCCAACGUGAAUGGUAGAUGUAUCCACUCUACGCUUCUGGCCAUCUGAUAGUAGACGGACAAGUCACAGGACAGUAGUCAUGCUCUCCCCCUUGCUUGCAUUUCUUUCCUUUUCUUAAUCCCGUCAUUUCUAGAAGUGCUGUUUAAAGUUUGAAUUCAUCUGAUUUCUAGUUUUUUUCAAAAGCUCAGUUGUUGAUGACCUAGAAAGGAACUAACUGAAUCAUCCCCAAACCAUCAGA